AUGACAGAACUUGUUGGGAAUCGGCGGUCUGUUAAGGUCCAAGAUCUUAUACAGUUGUUGAAGAAACACACUGAUUGGCCAUCGUGGAAGAAAAUUAGUGUCGCUUUAAUUGUUAUUAUAGAGGGAGUAGUCGCCGUUAAGUCCCAACUUGGGCUUGUCAAUGAGAACAUUGUUGAAAUGUGUCGGGAUAUUAACUUUUUCCUUGAGUAUCCUUGGGAUCGUCAUGCAUUCCAACAGACUCUUAGUGAAAUUGUUAAAGAUAAGUCUGACGGAUCCCGAACAACGUUGGUUGGGAGGCUAAAACAAUCAUAUGUAGCCAUGCAUGGAUUCCCUUUGUCCAUUCAAUUGCUUGCCUACGAAACUAUAUCUGGUUUAGAUCAAAUACACCGGGAGUCCGGCGAUGAAGUAGAUUUUACGCAGAGGUCUACCCAUCAGUUUUGUAGGCUUCGGCCAAUCAGUCAAGAUGAUGUGAUUAUGUGCGAAUUGUCUGACGAGCUUGUUGUUGAGUCAAUUAGCCACACUUCUGAGGAAUAUGAGCUUGAGAAUACUACUUGGGACGAUGAUGUGGUGGACCCGAAGAUUGAACGUCGUGAGAGGAUGAUUAAGAGUGGACACAUAUUCACCAAACAUUAUUGGCCUGGAGGUGAUUUUAGUUGCUCCCGUGUACAUUCAUCUUUGGAGAAGGGUCUAAUCAAGGAUUAUGAAGCUAUUGUACAGAGGCGUAAGCAGAAAGGUAAAUUAUUGGCAAAGAGAAAAAGAGAUGUUGAUGAAGGUGAGGAACCGGAAACCUCUUCCAAGCGUUCAAAGCAUGGAAAGAAACCAAGGUUACCUGUAUUACGUGACCAAUGUGUUGGUAAGAGUAGGAAAGUGAAGGGAGCAGACAAUUCUGUACAGCAAAUGAUUGUCGUAGACUUAGUAACCGGCGGUCAAGACAGAGGAGACAUCCUCCCAAGUUUCCCGGUGAAAGUUAGGGACAAGAAAUUUGAUGAUUAUGAUGGUGUUGAGAGUGUUCUUAGGUCUGUGCAUAAUCUUGAGGAAUGUAGCGCCAACGAGCAGUGUACGAGCAAGGACGUCGCUGGCGAUAUUGACAACAUGGACUGUGCAUUAGCUGAUGUACAUGGAACAGAAGCUACAUCUAGUCUGGUAGAGUGUACAAUAGAACCUCUCUCUACAUCGAAGGAUGAUGGAGGAGUUGCUGCCGGUACAGUAACUAAUGCACAUGUUGGCGAUGUUGAUUGUACGAGCAAGGACAUAGCCGACGAUACUGACAACAUGGAGUGUCCAUCACCUGAUGUACAUGGAAAAGAAGCUGCAUCUAGUCUGGUAGAGUAUACAAGAGAACCUAUCUGUACACCGAAGGAUGAUGGAGGAGUUGCACCUGUUGGCGAUGUUACAGAGCCAGUGGCUGAAGGCUGUAGAGAUGGUGAUGAAGAAUUGGAGAGGUGUUCCCGUGGACGGAGGUCAAGCACUAAAUGGCCAGCCCUGUACAGUCCUAGAGGUGUGAGGACUCGUAACCCAACUGCUAAGGCCAAAUCCCUUGUGAAGCCCAGCUACCUCUACGACCCGUUGGGAAAACUGAAGAAAUCGGAUCUUCCUCGCAUCAUGAAAAGAGCUGAACUUCACAUUGAGCCGACUUUCUUGUUGUCCUCUGAAUUUGAAGUUGAUAAGAAUUUCUUCUCCCAGCUCGCCAAAAAGCACGAGUUCGUUUCCAGCAUUGUAAGUUCUCGUUAA